CUUCGAGAGAGCCCUCUCUUUUCUCCAACCCUCACUCCUUUUCCUUCACCACCAUUUGCCAGAACCUUCUCGUCUUCCUCUCCUCCUAUAAUCAACCUUCUAUCUACAUCGUAUUUGCUAAUCAUAGUUCAAUUCUGCAAAACCCUUUUCUCUAAUCCUUUUAAUCAAUCGAAUUUGCAAUCUACGAUGGCGGACGAAGCUAAAGCAAAGGGCAACGCGGUGUUCUCCGUCGGCGAUUACACCACCGCCAUCAAGCACUUCUCCGACGCCAUCGCCCUCACUCCCACCAACCAUGUACUCUAUUCCAAUCGAUCGGCGGCAUACGCCUCCAUCCAGAAGUAUGCCGACGCCAAGAAGACCGUCGAGCUCAAGCCCGACUGGUCCAAGGGCUACUCCAGCCCAGCGCCGCUCAUCUCGGCUUGACCUAGUAUCAAGACGCUAUUGUUGCGUAAGGGCUCGAUUUCGACCCCAACAACGAUGCCUUGAAAUACGGAUUGGCAGAUGCAGAGUCCGACGCCGCCGCCGCUGCCGCUUCGUCUUCUAGGUCUAUAGCUACUCCUCAUAUGCGGAAAGGGCCUAGGAUUCGCACGCGAUUCGGGUUCUGUUCGUCUUUUCUUUAGACGAACGAAUUGGUGGCUGUUCGUCUUCUCCCUCAGACCAAUCUGGAGGAAACGCGAAAUUCACCCUCCAAUCACCCUUGGAUUCGUGGUCGGUGAUGAGAAAUGGGUUGGCGGUUAAAGACGGCAACGAGUUCCAAGUAGGAGGGUGGGGAGGAAGAGGAGUGGAAGUGGUGGUGGUUGUCGUCGAUGCCAACGGCAGAAGAAGAUUAGGAUUGUGAUAUUUAUUGCGAAGAGAGAGCAGAGGAAGAGGAGAUGGAGGGAGUUGGGAGGGGAUUGGGUUUGUUAUCUAAUUGAGAUUGGGGUUCUUGUGGCAUUUGCUAUCCACGAUGGCAUAGAAGAGGGGGAGCUCUGCUUCCGAUCCAUGGUGGCGGCGGAUGAGAGGGAAGGGUCGAUGGAGGAGGGAGUUUAGAUUAGGGUUUUUAUGUUUAUUUUUCAUGUUUUUAAGUACUAAAAAAAUGAAUUGAAAUAAAAAUGACAUGCAGCCACAUCAUUGCCACUUCAGCAUAGGAUGCUGAAUCAUUUAACGGAAUAAAUAUUUGACCGUUAAUGUUAACAGUCAACACAAGUUUUGGGCCAAAACUGUCCAAUAAUUUCAAAAGUAGGCCACAAAUGUCUUAUUUGAAAAAUGGGGCCAGAUGUGUCACUUACGCUAAACUUCGGGCCAAACUAGGGUAUUAACCCUAAUAUUUUUGGCUAGUUGGAAUUUCCUGCUGAUUUUUUGGACUGCUAAAUGUCGCCCUAACUUAUGCAAUCGUCCUAACUUAAUACAUAAGAUUUUACUGUUAUACUCUUUUAUUUUUGUUGACAUUAGUAGCAUUCACUGCUUUGCCGUUGUCGGUACUCGUUGCAGCUAUACCGACUGCCGCCACCACUGCCCACUUCCGAAAAUUGUGAAAAAUGACGACCAACAUCUUUCCUAAUAACUACUAGAAAAGCUUGAUUACCAUUUCACCUUCUAUGUAGCAUUAAUGGUUCUCUAUGGCUGCAGGCAAUAAUUUCAACUUUUACUAACUGUGGUGGUAUAGAUAGAAAAGGAGCAGGGAUGCGCUUUUAUAGAGGACCACAACGGUGGCAGGACAGGGGGUCGUUUGGUUGUUUUUGUUGGCGGCAAAGUCGUUUGGAGGGCAGUUGAUAGAGAGUUGUUUUGGAGUGCAGGGGGUCGCGCCGGCAAGGGGUCGUUUAAUUGCUUUCUACGCCGAUACCGUUUAAUUGCUUUCCUAUGACCAAAAUAGUAGAUUAGGGGUUUUAAAGCUUGUUUGUUUAUUUUUAUUUGGUUAAUGAAGGAUAAUUUAGUAA